CCCGAGACCCGAGACCCGAGACCCGAGUCGCAGGGACGCGCAGUGCUUUGCUGAGUCCGCGCCCCACGCAGCCCCCGCCAUGGGCCUGGAGCUCUACCUGGACCUGCUGUCCCAGCCCUGCCGCGCCAUCUACAUCUUCGCCAAGAAAAACGGGAUCCCCUUCCAGCUGCGCCCCGUGGAGCUGCGCCAAGCCGAGCACCUCAGUGAAGCCUUCGCCCAGGUGAACCCCUUGAAGAAGGUGCCGGCCUUGAAGGAUGGGGACUUCACCUUGGCUGAGAGUGUUGCCAUCCUGCUCUACCUGACGCACAAGUAUAAGGUCCCCGACCACUGGUACCCUCAGGACCUGCAGGCCCGGGCUCGUGUGGAUGAGUACCUGGCGUGGCAGCACACAGCCCUGCGCAGAAGCUGCCUCCGGGCCCUGUGGCACAAGCUUACAGAGAGAGAGAGAGAGAGAGAGAGAGAUCUUCCAUCUGCUGAUUCAUUCUCCAGAUGGCCACAAUGGCCAGGGCUGGGCCAAGCUGAAGCCAGGAGCCAGGAGCCAGGAGCCAGGAGCUUCUUCCUGGUCUUUCAUGUGAUGUUCCCUGUUUUCCUGGGUGAGCUGGUAUCUCCCGAGCUGCUGGCAGCCACCCUGGCAGAGCUGGAGGUGAACCUGCAGGCGCUUGAGGACACGUUCCUGCAGAACAAGGUCUUCCUUGCCGGACCCCACGUCACCCUGGCCGACCUGGUGGCCAUCACGGAGCUAAUGCACGCUGUAGGGGCUGGUUGCCAAGUGUUUGAAGGUCGACCCAAGCUGGCCGCCUGGCGUCAGCGUGUGGAGGCAGCCGUGGGGGAGGACCUCUUCCGGGAGGCCCAUGAGGUCAUUCUGAAGGCCAAGGACUCUGCACCUGCGGACCCCACCAUAAAGCAGAAGCUGAUGCCAGGGGUGCUGGCCAUGAUCCGAUGAUCCGAUGAGCUCACAGUUUACAAAACACCUGCAUCUCCAACAUCCAUGGGAGGCAGGCCCAGAGAGCCUUAGGUUUUCCCAAUGCACCCUGGCUCCUUUGGGCCAGGGCUCCACCCACACCCUCUCCUCCCCAGCUGCCUGAAAACCAAGAUAAUAAGGAGCGCACACUUUCAUUGCUGUGUGUUAAGUACAGGUAAUACAUGUGGACUCGGCCUGAGGCCCUGC